AUGGAAGUUUGUGUUGAUAGUUUCGAAUCAGCUUUAGCAGCCGUACAAGGUGGAGCUCAACGUAUUGAAUUAUGCAGUUCACUCGAUCAAGGCGGUUUAACUCCUUCAAUUGGUUUAUUACGAUUAAUUCGUCAACGUUUACCUGCCGAAUUAAUUGUCUUCGUUAUGAUUCGUUGCCGUGGAGGCGAUUUCGUUUAUGAUGAAAAUGAAUUGAAUGUUAUGAAAGAAGAAAUUCAAUCAUUUUUGCAGUCAAACCAACGCGUCGAUGGUUUCGUAUUUGGUGCCCUUCAUCCAGACGGAACUAUUGAUAUUCAAAGUUUAAAAACAUUAAUUUCCCAUAUUCCGAAAGAUAUCUCAUUAACAUUUCAUCGCGCUUUUGAUUUCAUUGCCAAAUGGGAGACCGGCAUUGAUCAAUUAAUUCAACUUGGCUUUCAUCGUAUUCUGACAAGCGGUCAAGAAACAAAUGCUUAUUAUGGAAGAAAAUGUAUACGUCAGAUGAUCACUCAUGCUCAAAAUCGAAUUAUAAUCCUUCCCGGAUGCGGCAUUAAUAUGACUAAUCUGGAAUCUAUAUUACGUGAAACAGGUGCGAAAGAGUUUCAUGCGUCUGCACGUGUGCGUCGGCCAUCAAAAAUGAUUUAUAAAAAUUUCCAAAAGAGAAUUUGUCUGAAUGGUCAAAAUACAGAUGAGGAAGACAAUUCCAUUCAAGUAACAGACAAAGAAAAAGUAAAACUCAUGAUGGAUAUCUACCGCAAAGUUUUUUUUAAGUAA